AUGGCAGCACUCCCAUCAAGAGCCGAAUUCCUCACCAGCGGCAUAAACCCUGUGGACAUCGACAGCCUCCCUCACGACAGGAGGGAAUGCGACAUCUGCACGGAGAACUUCCACAUGCAGAGCGAUCAAGGUAACCUGGGCUACAGGCCGGUAAGCAUCCGCUGCCCCGCGAGACACGUCUACUGUUUUGGGUGCAUCACUGAGUGGUUCAACUUCGUCGCAGACAACUGGGAGUACAACAACACCUGUCCAACCUGCCGCGCCGAAGUCUAUGAGCCGGAAGAGGCGUCAGAUUCCGAAGAGGGCGACGAAGAACCGCCACUCUCACUAGAUCAACCAUUACCUGGGUUUAGAGAUGGCGUACGUGCGUACUUGAACCGCUACCACGGGCCUACGAAUGCCAGCGAUGAGCUGAUCAACACUGCGAGUGACUGGAUGCCGCGGAUGUUUUCGGCACACGGCAUCCCACCGCCGAUAGGUUUCCCAUUCAACGAGGAUGAAGACGUCGAAGGCGAGAUGUUCUCGCUCGUUGAACAGGAACUCCGCCGUCCGGGUAGGGGAGGGCUUCCCCCGCAUGAGCUCUACGAUGCGCUACUGGCCGCUGCGCUACAGCAGCCCAUACUCCAGGAGUGUGGAUCACUGACCUGUAUUCGGCUCUUCAUUCGGAGAAUAGUCGAGUACCUGUGGGAGGGUGGGAGUGACUCAGAGUAG